GCUAGCAUUAGGUAGCACCUCCACGCCUCUCUCUGCGGUACAGCUGGUUCAGCUGUCAGGAUCCUCUUAGCCCUUUCCUGGAGCCCUUAGACUGAUCUUGGCUGAAAAGCCGGGCUAAAAUCACAACUUGAGUAUCGGAGGUGACUGCACGACUCCCUGAAUAUUUGAUGCUCUUCUUGUUUGCACCUGCUGAGAACUUUGACCAGAUGACUGACGAGCCAUCCCAUCCAGUCUCCUGCCUAUUUUGUUAAAAGACUUUUCUACCAUGGCCCCACCUGGAAGAGGCUCCUUGGGGUGACGGCCCUGAGACCUGUGGAUUUAUUCUAAGCUCCUCUCCAGCUGACACCGUGAAGCCACAUGGUUGUCUUCGCCCCUCUGGAAGCUGAACCGAUUCUCCUGGCAGGCGGCCUAGAGGGCCAUGGGUUGGUGGAACCCACUAACCAGCUGGACUUUGGGAUUCUCCUUGAUGACCUUCCUGUGGGUCACAUCAGCCAGGGAACCCAGAGACUCCGUUCGGCAGGUAGACAUCACGUGUCCCUGGCCCGAGGUUCACCGGCACGCACGGAGCUACCACCACCUGGAAGGUGAUGUACGCUGGCGGCGUCUCUAUUCCUCCAAUCAUUUCUUCCUACGCAUUGGCGGUGAUGGGAAAGUCGAAGGGUCACGUCGGAAAGAGAGCCUGAACAGCAUUGUGGAGAUCCGUUCUGUACAGGUGGGAACCGUGGCCAUUCGAUCCAUCCACAGUGGCUUCUACUUGGCGAUGAACAGAAAAGGGAAAAUCUAUGGAACGAAAGCAUACAGCCCCAACUGCAAGUUCAAGGAACGUAUUGAAGAGAAUGGCUACAAUACCUAUGCCUCUUUCCAUUGGCACCACGAAGGGCGACCCAUGUUCCUCUCCCUCAACAGCAAAGGACUGCCACGACGAGGGACGAAGACCCGCUGGCAACAUCUCUCCACCCAUUUCCUGCCAAUGCUCGUCUCAUGAAGGAGGAACCACUCUGGACUAUUUGAUCAACCAUGCACUAUUUUUUUUUUCUUUUUACGACCCUAUAAUCCCUUCAUUCAGGGUAGAGUCGGGGAGACUGGAUGGAGCUGAGCAUUUACUGGCCAGAUGCUCUUCCUGACGCCUAUGUGGAGUCAGCAGCAGAUAUUUUCUCUUUGUGUCCCGAGAGAGAAACAUCUGUCACUACCUAGGAUUGAACUCUCAACCUUCCGAGUGGGAAGCAAGCGUCUUCACCACUAGGCCAUCACACCACUCAACCAUGCACUACUAUAUGAUGUAUUUAAGAAGGGAGGGGGAGGCGGAGAGGGGGUAUAUUUAUUUUUUGUAAAAAAAAAAAAGAAGAAAAUGAAGGAAAAGCAGCUUGGAAUUCAACAGAAUAAAGACCAUUAGGAAAGAUGAAA